UUUAUUAAUAAAUUUUUAAUGUGUUAAAUUAAAUCGGGUGAAAAAUCAAAUCGGAUCAAUAGAUUAAAAUUCUAUAGUAAAAUAUAUCAUUUUAUACAAAUAUUGUUUUCAGUGACUGAUCUGUUUUAUAACAUUUUUAGAUUAAUGAUUCCCCAUUAUAGAUCUUAUCUUAAAUAGAUCAAACAAAUGAAAAGGUGUAAAUUUUAAUGAAUUUGCUCUCUAAGUUACUAUUACUGUACGUUUUGUUGAUUUGGUCUGGUAAUUUAGUAUUUUGUUCCGAUUCUGAUCUGUCUUCAAGUUCUGAUAAUGAUGAAACUACAGUUAUUUUUUCUAAAAAAGUAGAUGGCAAAUUAAUUACGCAAACUACUAAAACUAAGACUAAGACUAAGAAGAGGAAGAGGAAAAAAGAACACAAAAUAUCUAAAAAACUUGAGCAGUCUGCAUCAAAUUAUCCAGAUCAUUCAACAACCUCUUCAGAUGAAUCAGAAGGUUCAAAGGAUAAUUCUUCAGAUUCUGAGGAGGAAAUUAGUGUAACUACUAAGAGAAGAGUGGGAGAUCGUAUUAUUGUGACAACUACUACAACUAGAACCAAAAUUACUAGUUUAAAGAAAAAAGAUAAGGAUAAAAAAUCAAGAAAGAGAAAAGUAAGUUAUUUAAGAGGGUCGGACGAGGAAGAAGAUGACGAAGAACUAAUAAAAAGGAGAAAAGAUAUCUCUGGAUUAGAUUCAAAUUUAACCAUUAGAGAUAUUAUACCCAUUGAAGAAAGCGGUUUAAGUAGUCAAACUCCUGUCCCCUUAUCGCCAACAAAAGAACACAGUCCAGAACAUUUGGGAUCAUUUCCAAUAACACAUCCUCAAGACAAUUGGUAUCAAUUUCCAGGUUUAAGUCAUUCUGAUUAUGAUCAAAUGUGUGAUUUAAUUCCUAAGACUCCACAAUCGCCUAAAUCAUCCGACGGUGAUGAAUCAGAUUAUGAUGAAAAUGAUGAAGAACCUGAAGAAGCACCUGGAGAUGAAGAUGACAUAGUGGAGAAAGAUGAAUCUAAUGAUGAUACAGUAGAGAAAGUUGAAGAUCAGAAGGAAGUUGUUCAAGAUGAAGAAGGAAGUGACGAAUCUAGUGAUGAUACAGUAACGAAAGAUGAUGAUAUUGGUGGAUAUGGUGAUAGUGAAGAAGAUGAACUUGCUAUGUUUCUAGAUGAAAAUAUUGGAAAAGGCGAUAAAAAACAAAUUAAACCUGUUGAUUAUUCAACUGGUCCACGUAAUAACCCUGAAGUAGUUCAAGUAGAAGUGGAAUCGGAAGAUGAAGAGGAGAAAAUUGAAUCUGAUGACUAUGAUAGCACUGAUAACGAUAAUGAAGAAAAAAAUGAAAAAGAGGAAGAAACUAAUAAUGAAGAUAAAUCAUAAGAUAUAUGUUAAAAAAUAAAAUAAUUAAUAGAUUUUAAUGUAAUAUUCAAUCAAAUAAUAAAUAAA